CUCAUUUCCUGUUCAAAUUGACGGCUCUGCACUUUCCUUUUGUCAUCGUGUUCUCGACGAAUUAGGAAAGUUGCGUCAAAAUGCAGAUAUUCGUUAAGACCCUAACGGGCAAGACCAUCACCCUUGAGGUGGAACCAUCGGACACUAUCGAAAAUGUCAAAGCCAAGAUUCAGGACAAAGAGGGAAUUCCUCCAGAUCAGCAACGUUUGAUUUUUGCUGGUAAACAAUUGGAAGAUGGUCGCACAUUGUCCGAUUAUAAUAUUCAAAAGGAAUCAACACUUCACUUGGUGUUGCGCCUACGUGGUGGUGCCAAGAAACGCAAGAAGAAGAAUUACUCUACCCCCAAAAAAAUUAAGCACAAGAGGAAGAAGGUCAAGCUAGCCGUCCUCAAGUACUACAAGGUUGACGAAAAUGGUAAAAUUCAUCGUUUACGUCGUGAAUGCCCUGGUGAAAAUUGUGGCGCUGGAGUCUUUAUGGCUGCACAUGAAGAUCGUCACUACUGUGGCAAAUGCAAUUUAACCUUUGUUUUCACAAAACCAGAAGAUAAGUAAAUGUCAGCUGAAUUUUUUAGCGUCUAGGUUAAAUAUGAAUUGAAUAAAGUAAAUAUUUUAUUCAAA